GUUUUUAUUUUGCUGUCAUCAUGGCAAGCUUAGCAGAUGUCGGCUGGAAGCUUCUGGAGUUCAAAGCCAGAUCUAAGCGAUCAGUUUAACUAAUAGAGGACUGGCGUAGAGUUCACCUAAUGAAAAAUGGCCAACACUGCCAAAGAGGUUCAGAAUGUCCAUCGCAAACUCCGGAAAUUUGGCUCCAUCUAUGAACCUCUUAAGCUAUCCAUACUGCACCGGGAUGAUGAGCCCCUUUGGGAGAAACUUGACCGCUUCUAUGGUGCAGUGAAGAGCACCAUUCUGAAUUAUCAGAGCCCUACCACUGGUCUGUUUCCUGUGAAGACCUGUUCCACCUGUAAGGAUGCUAAAGUCAGAGAUUCCCUCUACUGCGCUGCCAGUGUCUGGGCACUGGCGUUGGCAUACAGGCGAAUCGACGAUGACAUGGGCCGCACUCAUGAACUGGAGCACUCUGCCAUCAAGUGCAUGCGGGGGAUUAUGUAUUGCUACAUGCGGCAGUCUGAUAAGGUGGAGAAAUUUAAGCAGGACCCGAGUCCGUCCACCUGCCUGCACUCAAUAUUUAACGUGCACACUGGAGAUGAGGUUUACCAGUAUGAAGAGUAUAGCCAUCUACAGAUUGAUGCUGUGUCUCUGUUUCUAUUGUACCUGGUCGAAAUGAUUUGUUCUGGCCUUCAAAUAAUCUACAAUACAGAUGAGGUAUCGUUCAUCCAGAAUCUGGUGUUUUGUGUGGAGAGGGCGUAUCGUGUGCCAGACUUUGGCAUGUGGGAACGAGGAAACAAAUAUAACAAUGGAAGCACAGAGCUGCACUCCAGCUCAUUGGGACUAGCCAAAGCAGCUCUGGAAGCCAUCAAUGGAUUCAACCUGUUUGGAAAUCAGGGAUGCUCCUGGUCAGUAAUUUUUGUGGAUCUGGAUGCUCAUAACAGGAACAGACAGACUCUGUGCUCUCUCUUGCCAAGGGAGUCUCGUUCCCAUAACACUGAUUCAGCCCUCCUGCCCUGCAUCAGCUACCCAGCGUUCGCCGUGGACGACGAUGCUCUAUAUUCCCAGACUCUGGACAAGAUAGUCCGCAAACUGAAGGGCAAGUAUGGCUUCAAACGCUUCUUACGGGACGGCUACAGAACGACCAAUGAAGACAAGAACCGCAGGCACUACAAACCUGCUGAGAUGAAGCUCUUUGAUGGGAUAGAGUGCGAGUUUCCCAUUUUUUUCAUCUAUAUGAUGAUUGACGGUGUGUUUAGAGGAAAUCCUGCUCAAGUCAAAGAGUACGAGGAACUGCUACAGGCUGUCAUCUUCCAGUCUUUUGAGGGGCAUGUUGUUAUUCCCAAGUAUUACUACGUGCCAGCAGACUUUGUAGAGGCUGAACAGAAGAAACAUGGCAGCCAGAAGCGCUUCCCCAGCAACUCGGGGCGUGAUGGGAUGCUUUUCCUCUGGGGACAGGCCCUCUAUAACAUCGCUAAGCUAUUGGUUGGUGGUUUGAUCAGCCCAAAAGACAUCGACCCCAUCCAUCGUUACGUGCCACGAGAGGAUCAGAGGAACGUCAGCAUGCGAUACUCCAAUCAGGGUCCCAUUGUGAACGAUGUGGUCAUUCAUGUGGCCCUGAUAGCAGAAAGUCAAAGAUUGCAGGUCUUCCUCAACACCUAUGGCAUUCAAACUCAGACCCCACAGCAGGUGGAGCCCAUUCAGAUCUGGCCUCAGAAAGAGCUGGUGAAGGCAUACCGCUUCCUUGCCAUUAAUAAGAAGCUUGGUUUGAGUGGGAGACCGGAGAGGCCCGUUGGCUGCAUUGGCACUUGCAAGAUUUAUCGAAUACUUGGAAAGACUGUGGUCUGCUAUCCAAUUGUCUUCGAUCUCAGUGACUUCUACUUGUCCCAGGAUGUCAUGCUUUUGAUAGAUGAUAUUAAGAAUGCCUUGCAGUUUAUUAAGCAGUACUGGAAGAUGUCAGGCCGGCCUCUCUUCCUGGUCCUUAUCAGAGAGGACAACAUUAAGGGCAGCCGCUUCAACCCCAUCCUGGACAUGCUGGCAUCUUUUAAGAAGGGAAACAUUGGAGGAGUCAAAGUUCAUGUGGACAGACUUCAGACCCUGAUAUCAGGCGCUGUGGUGGAGCAACUGGAUUUCCUUCGUGUCAAUGAAGCUGAGAUCCCAGAGUUUAAGAGCUUCGAGGAGCUGGAGUUGCCCAAGCAUUCGAAGGUGAAGCGUCAAACCAGCACACCGAACGUCUCUGACCUGGAGCAGCAGCCUGAGAUCAACGUCGAGGAAUGGUUCCAGAAGUCCACAUCUGAGAUUCUGCAGAAAUUCAAUGACUGUGACUGUUUGGCCAGUCAAGCCCAGCUGGCCAGUAUUCUGCUCAAAAAAGAAGGCCCAGACUUCUUUGAUAAAAAUGAGAAUCUCAAGGAUGACUUGGAGAGAAUCUACAGAAGAGCUGGGAGCAGGAAGCUUUGGUCCGUUGUGCGCCUUGCUGCCAGUCUCUUAACUAAGCUAGUGGACAGCCUUGCCCCGAGCAUUACUAGUGUUUUAGUGCAUGGCAAGCAGGUGACUCUGGGACUGUUUGGCCACGAGGAGAUUGUGAUCUCUAACCCGCUGUCUCCGGGGGUCAUAAAGGACAUCAUAUACAGCAAGUGCAGCCCACACGGCGAGCGAGAGGCCGUGCUGCAGCAAGAGCUGGUCAUCCACAUUGGCUGGAUCAUCUCCAACACCCCAGAGCUGUUCAGUGGCAUGCUGAAGAUCCGUGUGGGGUGGAUUGUUCAAGCAAUGAAACAUGAGUUGAAGAUUCGUGCUGGGGACAUGCCACCUCAGGACAUCUACCAGAUGUCCCCUAGUGAUGUCAAACAGCUCCUGCUGGAUGUCCUCCAGCCUCAACAGAAUGGCAGAUCGUGGUUUCAUAGACGUCAGAUAGAUGGCUCCCUCAACCGCACCCCUCUCGGCUUCUAUGACCGUGUUUGGCAAAUCCUAGAGAGAACACGUAAUGGCAUCAUGGUUGGAGGAAAAAAUCUCCCUCAGCAACCUACUCUGUCAGAUAUGACCAUGUAUGAAAUGAAUUUUUCUCUGUUGGUGGAGGACACAUUAAAGAACAUCGUUUUGGCUGAGUACAGGCAGAUAAUAGUGGAGCUGUUGAUGGUGGUGUCAAUUUUGCUGGAAAGAAACCCAGAGCUGGAGUUUCAGGAGCCGGUGGAUUUAGACCAGUUGGUUAAGGAUGCCUUUGCUGACUUUCAGAAAGACCGCAGCAGACUGGAGGGCUCUGAGAAAAAGGAUAGCAUGGAGGCCUUCUACAACACACCAGCCCUGGGGAAACAAGGCACGUCCAGUUACCUGACCAAGGCAGUAAUGAUCCAGCUGCUACAGGGAGAGGUGAAGCCCAGUAAAGAUGACCCGUGUUCUGUCAGCUAAAGCACUUAGACUGCCAUACACACACAGUCUCGCUAACAUGGGAUUGUUUUUUGUUUUUGUCUGGUAUAUAUGAUAAAUUCUAAUAAAUAAUUUAAGAACCUUGAAAGUUAUGCCCACAUUAAAAAAAAUGUUUGCCUCCUUAUUGUAUAGGAACCAUCUUGAAAAGAUUUAUUUUCAUCAGGUCCUUUAUCAAUACCAGCACACAACUUGGCCUUGUCAAGAGAACCACAUGCCUUUUUGCAAACUAUUAAGUUAGGAUCAAAAUAUCUUCACAUUAAAUUAACUGCAUGUAACUGCAUUAUUUCAGGAUGUGGUUUCUAUAGUGACGUAGAUGUUGUGGGUUGUGAACUUAAAAGUGAAGAUAGAAGCUGUUUUGCAACUGUUUUUGUUAAAUAAUGUAGUAUAUUCUGAAAAAAAAAUGUAUACAUAUAUAGUAUACAAAUGUAUUUGAACUUAAUGUAGUUUGUUUUUCAUUUUGAACAUGUUGUCAGUUAACUUCAGUGUAUGACAGCUACUUGACGUAUGAUGGCACUUGCUUUUAUGUAUGUUUGAAUAGUAAUAUUAAAAUUGUUCGAGUGUGCCAGUUUCCUCAUAAUAAGAACAGUAUUUUUAGUCCUUUACUACUGAAGAAAAAUAUAUAUUAAAAAACAAACUCCCCAUGUUUUAACUUAAUUGAAAUUUUUGGUCCUUUUUUCUCGGUCAACUGCAUUGUCAAAUAUUUAGUUAACGUUAACAUAAAAGAUGCUUGUGUCACAGUUAUUAGGGUUCAUCGCAGAAGAAAAGCCCAGCAGAAAUCUUUUUUUAUCCGAAUGAGUGGGUGUGUGGACCAAGAUCCUUGUUUAUCAUGCUGACCGCUGCCAUCAGCCUCCGCUUAGUGCAUGUCAGAGUAAUCGGAGGUCUCGACAGUUCUCCUGAGAAAUGAGUCCCAAACUUGCAAUAUAUUGAACACAGAGACCAUACAGAGAGACUGAAGAAUCUGUAUCUGCCCCUGAGGCCAAACACAAGCUUUAAAUGGAUGGAAACAAGAUUCCAUACUGGUGAUUGGUGCUGAACAAAGCUACAUUAAAAUCUAUCAUACAGCUGCAGGUGGCUUGUUUUUGUGGAUUUGGUCUGUCCAUUAAAAAAAAAUGUUGACAUUUU